UGGCAGCAGGUGUUCUAUGCUCGGACUCAACCUGUUUUCAGCAUAUUUAAGAGUGAAGACAGGUUUGAGUCAUUUUGUAGUUCUCACAGUGAUGACUGUAGGGUGGGGCUCUGCCAGACUGGGCUCUCUGUAGAUCGUGAAGACCAAUCAAUCCUUUGCACAGGCGAGUCGGGUGCCGGCAAGACAGAAAACACCAAAAAGGUCAUCCAGUACCUGGCCCACGUCGCCUCGUCACACAAAGGACGCAAAGACCACAACAUUCCUCCCGAAUCCCCUAAAGCGUUGAACAAGCUCCAGGGCGAGCUGGAACGGCAGCUUCUGCAAGCCAACCCCAUCCUUGAAUCCUUUGGCAAUGCCAAGACGGUGAAAAACGAUAACUCGUCACGUUUCGGCAAGUUCAUCAGAGUCAACUUUGACGUGACCGGCUACAUUGUUGGGGCCAAUAUCGAGACCUACCUGCUGGAGAAGUCCAGGGCCGUUCGCCAGGCCAAAGACGAGAGGACCUUCCAUGUCUUCUACCAGCUUCUGGCAGGAGCCGGGGAGCACCUCAAAACUGACCUGCUCCUGGAGGGCUUCAACAACUACCGCUUCCUGUCCAACGGCAACAUUACCAUCCCUGGCCAGCAGGACAAGGACAACUUCCAGGAGACCAUGGAUGCCAUGCACAUCAUGAGCUUCUCCCAUGAGGAGAUUGUAUGCAUGCUGAAGGUGGUGUCUGCAGUACUACAGUUUGGUAACGUUGUCUUCAAGAAGGAGAGGAACACAGACCAGGCCUCCAUGCCUGAGAACACAGCGGCUCAGAAGCUGUGCCACCUGCUGGGGCUGAAUGUGAUGGAGUUUACUAGGGCCAUUCUGUCCCCCCGCAUCAAAGUGGGCCGAGACUACGUCCAGAAGGCCCAGACCAAAGAACAGGCUGACUUUGCAGUGGAAGCCCUGGCCAAGGCCACAUAUGAGCGUCUGUUCCGCUGGCUCGUCCACCGCAUCAACAAGGCCCUGGACAGGACCAAGAGACAGGGAGCCUCCUUCAUCGGCAUCCUGGACAUCGCUGGCUUUGAGAUAUUUGAGCUGAACUCAUUUGAGCAGAUGUGCAUCAACUACACCAACGAGAAGCUGCAGCAGCUGUUCAACCACACCAUGUUCAUCCUGGAGCAGGAGGAGUACCAGAGGGAGGGCAUCGAGUGGAGCUUCAUCGACUUCGGCCUGGACCUGCAGCCCUGCAUCGACCUCAUUGAGAGACCGACCAACCCUCCAGGAGUUCUGGCCCUGUUGGAUGAAGAGUGCUGGUUCCCUAAGGCCACUGAUAAGACAUUUGUAGACAAGGUGCUCCAGGAGCAGGGCACCCACCCCAAGUUCCAGAAACCCCGGCAGCUGAAGGACAAAGCCGACUUCUGCAUCAUUCACUACGCUGGCAGGGUGGACUACAAGGCUGACGAGUGGCUGAUGAAGAACAUGGACCCUCUGAACGACAACGUGGCCACGCUGCUCAACCAGUCCACUGACAAGUUUGUGUCUGAACUGUGGAAGGACGGUGAGUCCCCCAUACCCUCUUCCUGUUUGGACCAUGUAGUUGUCACUUUGUUUGAGUCUUGGUUGUUCAGUGACAGUAUUGAAGAAUCCCCUUAA